AUGUCAUCUUCUCUGAGCUCGUCUCUGAGCUCCUCCCUCUCCACCGGAGCACUCAGUGCCCAUCCCUUCCUCAACAUGGGCGCAGCCAACAGCAGGUUGCAGCAACAGCAGCAACAACAACAGUCCCAUCAACAAGACCCUCCACAUCUGGACUCGCAUCAUCACUCCUCCGCCAGUACCGGGCCCAAUGGCGAUCUCGGUCUCAAAAUCCCUCCGUUCCAACACCUGGAAUCCCUACCCCACCCCUUGCGCACUCCGACACAGGCAUCCGUAUCAGCGUCCCAGCAGCAAGAGUACUUCCCCGCCCCGACAUCACACAGCCCGCCAAACGUUCCGCCGCCGCCAGCCAAGCUGCGCAGGCAGCAGUCUGACCCCAGGCGCCCAGUGAUGUCAACCCGAGGGUCUUCCUCCGAGUCUCAGCGCAAACAGCAGGUCGCCUUCCCUCCCUCACCAUCAGCGGAUGAGCCAUCUGCUACGACAAUGUCCGGUACGCUUCCUCGCGGGGUCAAGUUCCCGGACACUCUGCCCGUGCCCCUUCCCCGGAAAGCUUCGACGAAGAACACUGCGAGCAGCACGGCACACUCCCGUAGCAUGAGCGUCCCGGAUCUGGAGGACCCCGCCGGACAGCAGCCGCGACGCUUCGGUAUCGUUAGGAAACUGAGUCUGAAGCGCUUCGCUGAUCGGACCACCUCGACGUCUGGACCGGCCCCUCCACCGGGCAGCACGUCCAACGGUCACACGGGCAAUGUCGCUGCGUCCAUGAUCCCCCGAUCACUGAGUCGGAAGGGCAGCUUGUCCAGACUCGGUUCAUCCAGGGGUGCGCAGGCUUUGAAGCGAUCCGCAGCAACAAUGGAAGGCCCCUCGACGUCAUCAACACAGCCCCUGCCAGCACCGCUGACCCAACCGAUGGCCAGCGCAGGAGUCUCGACCGCUCGUCCGGUACGACAACCGACACGGUCUGCAUCGCAUAUGACGAAUCUCGGCAAGGGUAUCGGCGUUCCAUCCCCUGUGCUGGAGGGUUCGGAAGUGAUGGAGACCCCUCGGACGCCUCCGGCUCCGUCCCUGUCACCGGAAUCUGCUGCGCGGCGAGCCAGGGCGACGCGCGACACGAGUUUGUCACCGCGCAAGUCAUCAUUCCGCGGGGUCCGGGCGGCUUCAUCGCCGUAUUCCAGACAGACCCAUCGUCCGGCUGCGCCGUCGUCGAAUGUGUCAUCGUCGUCAAAGUCUUCGGUCAGUCCCGCGCAGCGUGCUGCGCGCGAGUGGCGCGCCAAGCUCGUCAACCUCAGUUCGGCAUCUCCCGAGCAUACGGACGAGGAGGUCGCCGCCACAGGGUUCGGUGGACCUCGCCCCCCGCCUCGUCCCAAAACAGCAGCCGCAGGCAACAGUAACCCCUCGACGCCGCUCUCCGAAGUUCCCCCAUCGAGGCCCCGCCACCGGCGCCGCAGCUUAGACAGCCUUGUCAGCGUCUCGACCAAAUCUGGCAGGCAUCCCAACGUCAGCCCGGCCUGCUCCGCGUUCGGCGACGCAUUCGACGAGCAGCGCCUCUCCAUCUGGUCGGCUGACUUUGAUGCCCUGUCCCUGCACGCCGCGUCCGUCAGUUCGAGCACGGUCUCCAGGGUCUCGCGUGGCACAAACAAGUCGAUGAAGUCGAACAAGUCCAAGGCGUCAACGAACCUGACCAUGGUGCCCGAGGUCCCCAAGAUUCCGGACCACAUGCUCUCGCAGCUGUCCUCGCAGUUGUCCUCCAUUUCGGGUGUCGAGCCGCUCGUCCCGACUUCCGCAGUUGGCCAAGGCGCCAAGUAUGACAAUGGCUCGAUGCUGUCCAGGUCUACUCGCGGACACAACCGGUCCGCGACUGAGGGCCAGUCGACCGUCGUUACGGCCGUCACGGCCGCUACUUCCUUCCCGACCGUCUCCGAGGUGACGGCGUCUACCGAGUCGUUUUCGACGCCCGAAUGGCAGCCUAGCGAGCGCUUCGUGGCGGUCCGCAGCUCGGCGCCCAACAUGUCGCCCGUUCUCGACGUGGAGGAGGAGGAGCCGAAGAACCUACGCGGCCUCGGCCUCAAGAUGGACCUGACCUCGCUGAAGGCAAAGCCUCUACCUCCACCUCCUACGACGGCGCCGUCGACGACUUCCCCGCCCUCCCUUUCGCUAGAGGAUGGCGCGCAGUCCAAUGAGUCGCCGUACCCUUCUCUCUCGACCCGGCGCACCUCUACCCCUGACCACACCGAGUACCUUGUCACCGCUACGUGUGCGACGGUGGACGAGAAGCUGAUGUCUCGCGCCGGCCCCGUGGUCGUCUCGGACAGCGAGGGCGAGUCUGUUCCCGAGCGGAAGCAGCAGCGGCCCAUGGGCCCGCGGAAGAACUAUAACGGACACAUUAGGGACGCGUCCGACGUCAAGAUGGCUAUCGCGCUUGCGCAGCAGUCGCACAAGCUGACCCGCUCCCAGUCUUCGGACAGCAGGAGUAAGGUGUACGUCGGCGGUCCGCGCGAGCCCACCCGCCCCUCGCCGAGUGUGUCCCGCUCCACGUCCCAGACCCUCGUCAAUGUCGCUAUCCCGCGCACAACGUCGAAGUCGGCGUCACUCGACCACCACGGGCCGGAGCUGCUCAAGGCAUACGACCUGACGCCUGGACUCGAGGACGGUGGUAGGCGCCCGAGGAAGAAGGGCAUGCCGAUGCAGGACCUGCGCAAGUGGCUCGAGACGAGCCAGUAG